AUGGCCACCAAGCGAAAGCACGAUGACUCGCCACCAUCCGACUCCUCGCAAGCAGCACCAGAUAAUGGCACUGCGCCCGCAAGCCCACAGGCGGCACGCGUAGCGGAGAACUAUCCCAGGAAACGCAUCGCAAUCGCUUGCAAUGUGUGCCGCUUCAGAAAGACAAGAUGCGAUGCUCAGAAACCCUCCUGCGGAUUCUGCACAGACUUGGGUAUUGAGUGCACGUAUCGCAAACCCACAGUAGGGGACAGGGGUAAAGCCAGUGAUCCCCCUUCAGAGGCACUGGACAAUAUUGAGCGGCGACUCUCGGAGCUGGAGUCACGUCUAGAAGCAACGGAGCAGCAGGUACAGAUGCAAAAUGCCGUUGUCAUGUCACCAAACGCGUCCCAUCAUAGCGGGAUGCUUCCGCCACAGGAACUGCCCUCCCGAAGAUCAAGUGUGAACAGGCCCGCUGUGGACUACAUCACUUCCGUGAAUGCGACAUCAAAUGGCUCAGUCGGCACGCCAGUAACCUACGACUUUGCCUACAGACAAACAGCCACGGAAAGCCAGACUGCAAGGCCGAGCCUCCUGACUUUUCGCGCGCCACCUUACAUCCCUGUGGAGAGCUGGGAUUUCACAAAGGAGUUCUAUGACGACGAAAUCUUAGCUGGCGAGAGUCUUUCAGACCAACUAGUCACAUUACUUGAUCAGCCAGUUGACCUCGCCAGGAGAACUACUCGGCGGUUGCAGCAAAGCUUCGUGGAAAACUUCCUUCGUUGGACACCUAUAUUUGACCAGCAAACGUGCGUGAGUGCCGUUGAGCUAGCAACUUCGCACAGUUUCGUCGAAUCUUCCCCCUCCACUUGUCUGACAUUUUUCUUGUUAGCUAUGGGCGCUAUCACAGAAGACAAAGGUGACUAUGCCAAGAGUAUGCUCCCCGGUCUUGAUUACUUCGCUCGAGGCUGUCAGAUUUUGGAGCGUCUGUCAUUGAGAACCGGGAACCUUAUGACGCUCCAGUGUCGCGUGUUGCAAGCGUCUUACUUGAAAUUCGCCAUCAGACCCAUGCAGACCUGGAACUCCAUCACCCAAGCGGCAAGAGACUGCAUGCACAUCUGCAGCUCCAGAAUGAGAGACCAUCUCUCUCCAGCAGAGCAAGAAGCGUUCAACCGCGCGUUUUGGGCUACAUCGACCAUCGUUCACGAGUUGGAGGCUACGAUGAAGAUGUUUCCUGUCGGUAUACGUCAAUUCCACGAGAUGGUGCCUUUGCCCCAGUUUGAAGAAGAAGAUUCGGGAUUCUAUUACUUCCUUGCCCAGAUAAGCCUCCGCAAAUUCUUGACACAGUCCCUGGAGGUUGUCGGAUACCACAGCGGACGCGUUAUUUAUGCGCCUGUAGUGACACGAGAGCUGAGAAAACAGGUUCGCGAAUGGUAUGAUCACCUUCCUGCUGUUGUUCGGUUUCCAUUGGAUGCAACCCCAGUCUUUGACUCCCGUAAGUCAUUUCUCAGAGGGCAGUACGUUGCACUGUUCGUUGUCCUAGGAUGGCCGUCUGUUCUCAAGAUAAUGGAACAUGGAACUGGUGAGGGAGCACCUUUCGAACAAACGGCGGUCGCUGCCAUGAAAGAGCAAGCCGCUGGAUGCAUAAGAGGGUGCUGCUUAUUUUUAAGCGUCGCUGACGAGCAACUAAUGGAUCGAACGAUGGGCACGCAUUUCUCUAUGUGGGCGUAA